AUGACGGAUAUCCCAAUCCUGGAUAUAGACUCAUGGGUGAGGCGACCGGUUGAAGAGCGCCAUAGAGAGACCGAGCAGAAAGGGAGGGUUCGGCGGCCUAUGAACUCCUUCAUGCUGUAUCGGUGGGCCAAUACAGAAAGCAUCAAAAGACAAUCACACCGGCACAACCCUCGAGCAAUCUCCUCUAUUGCGGGAAAGUGCUGGAGAAACGAACCACAGAGCGUCCGCGACAAAUACAGUCGAUUAGCCGAGAUUGAGCGCGAUGGUCAUGCCGAAGCGCAUCCAAACUACAAAUUCAAAAGGAAGGCGCGAAAAAGGCGAUCUGCUACCAAGCCCGUGGCACAUCGUGAUAGUCCUGAAAUUUCCGAGCAUAACAGCGGUGACUGUCCUUUGGUCCAGGACUUUGAAAUGGGUAUCCAAAGCCCUAUCAAUUAUCUCCGCUUAGGGUCUCAUCCCGAAGGCAUUCUGGAAGACCUCGUUGCUCCUAUGGGAGGUGAUUUCCAAGGAAGCUAUUCCAGUGGCUUUUUUGCGCUUCCUGAUGAAGCGCACCACCACUUGCUGUGUCUUGAGCCGAUCAACCCCACGACCAGCAUCUUCAUAGAUGGGAGCUACAUGGAACCUCAGUGGCAAGAAAGCCUGUGGCAAGAAACCGUAUGGCUCGUUUAG